GCUCAUCAGUUUUGCAUCAUCCGUCAGCUGUCAAAAUUCAAGUCCGAGCAGACUUGUGAAAAUUUUUCAUUUCGAGUUCACGAAAAGUUGCAAAUAAAUCUCCAAAAAAAUGAAAGCCAUCUACAACAGUCUCUUCAAAAGGAGCUCCACCUUUGCUGUUGUCAUCCUAGCCUCUACGUUCUUCUUCGAACGCUCCUUUGACAUGGCUUCCGAGGCCAUCUUCACAUCCGCAAAUCGUGGUAAACUCUGGAACGACAUCAAACACAAAUACGAGAGUUAAAUUUAAUUGCAAUGUAAAUUUUAUUGGACUUAAAAUAAAUACACAAAGCUAAAUCUA